CCCUGUUGUAAAAUCAUUUGCAUUAGACACAGACUCCAAUUUGACCUGAGUGGUCGGCGCACCACAAUAAACCCCCUGGAGUGGGAGGGCGGAUUAAUUUUAACAGCAGAGCAAGGAAAAGGAACGAAACAACAGUUUGGUAAAUAGAUCUAUUUUUUUGUUGCUGGCAGAUAAAAGCCUAAGGCUAAAGAGACGAUAGAUCCGAGUCUCUCCCUUCACGUGGAUUGCAAAGAAGGCAGCGGCACUCUAUUGAGAGGGCGGAGGGUUACCGAAGUUUCAGCUCGGCAGGAGGGGUGUGCAGAGGCCGCCUGGUCCGCAGUGAAAUUGACGAGGAGAAAAGUUUGGUGAAACUUUAAGUUUGGGGUCGCGUCCUGUCCCGGACGGUGCUCGUCUCCCUGCUUCUGUCUGAAGACGGAUUAGAGAAGAUCGGCUCCUUGAAAAUGUCUUCGAUCUUGCCUUUCACGCCCCCGAUUGUCAAGCGCCUGCUGGGCUGGAAGAAGGGAGAACAAAACGGGCAGGAGGAGAAAUGGUGCGAAAAAGCGGUGAAAAGUUUGGUGAAAAAACUCAAAAAGACCGGCCAGUUGGACGAGUUGGAAAAGGCAAUUACAACCCAGAGUAUUAACACCAAGUGCAUAACCAUCCCCAGGUCUCUUGAUGGUAGGCUUCAGGUGUCCCAUCGGAAAGGCCUGCCUCACGUCAUCUACUGUCGCCUGUGGCGUUGGCCGGAUCUUCACAGCCACCACGAGCUUCGAGCCAUGGAAAUGUGUGAAUUUGCCUUUCACAUGAAGAAGGACGAAGUCUGUGUGAACCCUUACCACUACCAAAGGGUAGAGACUCCAGUUUUACCUCCUGUUCUUGUGCCAAGACACACAGAGAUGCCUGCCGAACUACCGCCCCUGGAAGACUACACGCAUUCCAUCCCAGAGAACACAAACUUCCCAGCAGGCAUUGAACCACAGAGUAACUACAUACCAGAGACACCACCACCAGGUUACAUAAGUGAGGAUGGAGAAACCAGUGACCAUCAGAUGAACCACAGCAUGGACACAGGGUCUGCGGCUGACCUGUCUCCAAACCCCUUGUCACCAACACACAGUAACCUGGACCUGCAGCCUGUCACUUACUGUGAGCCAGCCUUCUGGUGUUCAAUAGCAUACUAUGAACUGAACCAGAGAGUGGGGGAGACUUUUCAUGCCUCGCAGCCUUCUCUGACCGUGGAUGGCUUCACUGAUCCAUCCAACUCUGAACGCUUCUGCUUGGGGCUGCUCUCGAAUGUGAACAGGAAUGCAGCAGUGGAGCUGACGAGAAGGCACAUUGGCAGGGGAGUCAGGCUAUACUACAUUGGGGGAGAGGUCUUUGCUGAAUGCUUGAGUGACAGCGCCAUCUUUGUUCAGAGUCCAAACUGCAACCAGCGCUAUGGGUGGCACCCUGCAACCGUUUGCAAGAUUCCACCAGGAUGCAACCUUAAGAUCUUCAAUAACCAGGAGUUUGCAGCGCUACUGGCUCAAUCAGUGAACCAAGGUUUUGAAGCAGUAUACCAGCUGACCCGGAUGUGCACGAUUCGAAUGAGUUUUGUCAAAGGUUGGGGAGCAGAGUAUAGACGCCAGACAGUGACCAGUACCCCCUGCUGGAUUGAGCUUCAUCUGAAUGGACCUCUACAGUGGCUGGACAAAGUCCUAACCCAAAUGGGAUCACCGACCAUUCGCUGUUCGAGCAUGUCAUAGAAGAUUGGCUUCAUCUCAGGGAAGACAGCUGCCAAAUUUUAUGGGCCUGGCUGUAGCAGAUAAUUUAUAGAAAAAAUAAAACAACAAAAGUUGCUGCAUGGUA